AUGAGUAGCGAUUGUCUCACCGCCCAUUUGCUCUCAAGCUUUUUCCGCACCGACAGGCGGUAUAUGGCCUACGGUGCUGGCGUACUCUUCGGCCGAACGCCCCAGUGGGGCGCCAGAGUUGUUGGCCAGGCGCUGGGCACCUGGCUCGGCGGCCGCUACACCCAGGGUUGGGCCCUCCUGGACGUGCUCGCCUUCGCCCCCCCUGGGCGUGUUGGCAAGAAGGCCCAGACUCGCGCACCAGUGCCCGACGCCCGCGUGCAGGAGGCCAAGGCGCCAGCUGCGGACCCAGACCUCCAGUUCGAGGUGGUCGUGAUAGGAGGAGGAGUUAUCGGCCUCAGUUUGGCGCUCCGCUUGGCUUCGUCACUUCGUGGCAGACAACGCGUUCGGGUAUACGAGAGCAGCUGGACGAAGGCGGACGGCGUAUUGCGAAGGGACAGCGUGUCGGCUAAUUCUGGUCGAGGUUUACAGGUAGUGACUCUGGAACAUGGUGCGUUCUCGCAGCUCCCAGUCGACGCACAAGAGCGCAUCUUCCCGCCUGACAGCUUCAUGAGCCAAUGGCCUUUGCUGGACGGCCGCGAGCAUUCUCGCAACGUCUCACUCGGCGAUCUUGAGGCUGCAUUGCUGGAGGUCGUGCAGGAGGCGCCUUACCGUGACGUGAUUGAACUGCACCGUGGGGUAUAUGACCGAUCGGAGCACGACCGUGUCGCCUCGGAGGACAUGUUCCACGCGCUGGUCCUGGCCGACGGGCCCGACGCCGUGUCAGCUCGCCGCGAGGUGUUCGGGCAGUUGUUUGGCCCCGGCGAUCCUGCUGAGAAUGCGGAGAGUUUCUCUGCGCCGCGUUCCGCAAGCCCGACGACUCGGCGCCACUAA